UAGUUUCGAGUACAAGCUAUGUAUUUAUCUUUAGCACAGUGUGCGCAUGUCAGAACACACUACUUUGUUGCAUAGUUUGAGGCAUGCUGAAUAAAACCUACUUCCGUAAAGUAUAACUAUUAGUUUCUUAACUGGAUAGACUGCGAUACAUUUGUGGUAGCCUACUUUAUCCAUGUAGGAAUAAUGGUAAUGCAUUCAGCUAAUCCCAUAAAAACGUGUUACAGCUAAAGUACGAGAUUCGCCCUCCUGCAAUGGAAAAUGCACGCACAGACACGUUUCUGAUAACUGGGGGAUGUGGCUACUUUGGUUAUCGCCUGGCAUGCUCACUGCAUAAAAAGGGAGCCAGAGUCAUUCUGUUUGACACAGUCCCUCCAAUCCAAGAAGUGCCAGGGGACUUUGUGUUUGUGCAAGGUGAUAUACGUGACUAUGCACAAGUUGAGAAGGCCAUAGCUGGUGUGGAUUGUGUAUUCCACAUUGCCUCCUAUGGCAUGUCUGGCAGGGAGCAGCUGAACCAUCAUCUGAUUGAGGCGGUGAAUGUUCAGGGUACACAGAACGUCCUGAAGGGUUGUAUUGAGCAUGGAGUGUCCAGGCUGGUUUACACCAGCACCUUCAAUGUGGUGUUCGGAGGCCAAGUGAUAGAGAACGGCAAUGAAAGCCUCCCUUAUCUACCUCUCCAUCUUCACCCUGACCACUACUCCAGAACCAAGUCCCUGGCUGAGAUGGCCGUGCUGAAAGCUAAUGGCACAGCCCUGAAGGACAGCUCUGGGGUGCUGAGAACCUGUGCACUGCGUCCAGCAGGAAUCUACGGGCCUGGAGAGCAGAGGCACCUACCCAGGAUAGUUGGUUACAUUGAGAAGGGGAUCUUCCGGUUUGUUUAUGGUGAACCCAGCAGCCUGGUAGAAUUUGUCCAUGUGGACAACCUGGUUUCAGCACAUGAGCUGGCUGCAGAGGCACUGACCUUGGAGAAGCAGCACCGCUCUGCUGGCCAGGCCUACUUCAUCUCCGACGGCAGACCUGUCAAUAAUUUUGAAUUCUUCAGACCUCUGGUGGAGGGCUUGGGCUAUCCCUUCCCCAAAGUACGACUACCUCUCUAUCUUAUUUACUUCUUUGCCUUUCUCACAGAAAUGAUUCACCACCUCAUCGGCCCCUUCUAUAACUUCCAGCCACUGCUGACACGUACAGAGGUGUAUAAAACUGGCGUGACGCAUUACUUCAGCAUGGCAAAGGCUAAAGCAGAGCUUGGUUAUGAACCCCAGGAGUAUAACCUGGAUGAGGUUGUACAAUGGUUCAGAUGCAGAGGCCACGGGAAAAAAUCUUGCAGCUCCUUCCUCAGUCGAUUACUACUAGACAUCCUGUUUGUUGCUGCCUUCGUUGCUGUGGCUCUCUCUUUUCUUCCAGUUGUUGGCAGCUGAUAAGAAGCCAAAGCAAAAACAUCAUUCUGCCAUUUUCCAAAACAUUCUGUAUCAAGACUGGUUCAUGAAUAGGUUGUUUACAUGUAUUAAUAUGUCGAAAUCCAUUUAUACAUUUUAUUUCAAAGUGGUCAUUACUGACAAGUGCUUCAGACAUAAAAAGCAGCUAAGACCAAGUCAAUGAAAGAAUUCCCGUGUGAUACUGUGAUAUCCAUUACAUGGGAAAAAUACUGUACUGUAUAACCUCUGUACCUUAAUUUCUUAAUACACCAUUUUAUAGUUGUCUCUUUCAGAAACUGUAUGUCAGAUGCUCACAUUUCUAGAGCCAAAGACUGACAAUUACUUCAUACAUUAAAAGUGUUUUAAUGCUUUUUGUGGAACUGUAUUACAAGAAAAAAUGUUCUGAAAGCUAAUGAAUAAAACUUUACAAAUCAAA